AUGGCUGCAUUGUAUAGACAGAAGGGAAUGGUUCAUUAUUUAUACAAUAAGACGCCAAAAGAUGUGUCCAGUCCCGAAAAGGGUGCAAAUGGAGUCACACUACUUAAUUACCUUAUUACUGUUGAAAUUUAUGAUGUUGUUUUGUUGCUAUUGGAAAAGUAUCCACAGCUGGGUGUUAUCCCAGAUGUUAAUGACAAUUACGCUAUCAAAUUGUUUGCUCAAAGGCCUUCUGCAUUUCUUAGUGGGACUGAACUUUCAUUUUGGGAAAAAUUGAUCUACUUUUCUCUAGAGUUGGUGCACAAAUUGGGUUGGGGAAUAUUGCGAUCCAUUGGAAAAGAGAAGUGUUUAAUGGGAAUGAGGUAUGAUAUUUUUGGCAACAAUUAUUUACAUCUUGCUGCAAAAUUAUCUCUUCCUUCUCGACUUGAUAUUGUAACUGGAGCAGCACUACAAAUGCAAAGGGAACUGCAAUGGUUUAAGGAAGUUGGGAGCACGGUACAACGUAAACUCAAAGAGGAACUAAACAGCCACAACAAAACACCGAAAAUUUUAUUCACUGAUGAACACGAGAAGUUAGCCAAAAAAGCAGAGGACUGGAUGAAAAGGACAGCAGGGUCAAGCAUGAUAGUGGCAACUCUAAUUGCUACUAUAAUGUUCAGAACAGCUUUCACAGUACCACGUGGUAAUAAAAAUGACACAGGAAUGCCAACAAUACUGGAAACUCAAAGGAUUCCAUUCUUGAUUUUCAUGAUUUUGAAUGCCCUGUCGAUGUUCAGUUCGAGUACAUCACUGUUGAUUUUCUUAGGAAUUUUUACGGCGCGUUAUGCAGAAGAUGAUUUUCUCAAGUCCUUACCGACAAAAUUAAUAUCAGGACUGACGAAUUUGUUCCUUUCGAUUGUUACCAUGAUGGCAUCCUUUGGUACUGGAUUGUAUUUGAUUCUUCAUGAAAAUUGGUCUUGGGUCACCGUUCUUAUCAUCGUCCUUACAAUGAUUCCAAUAGUUCUUUUCUCUAUCUUCCAGUUUCCUCUCUUGAUUGAGAUGACCCAACGGACUUAUGGAGCCGGGAUACUUGAUGAAUAUAAGAAGAAGUCCUGUUUUGCUAAGUUCAGAGCAUGUUUAAUAAGGAGGAAUCCAUUGAGGAAAAAAAGACAUUAA